UUAACAGAGAGAGAAAAUCCAGAGCUCCAUAAGCGUGACAACAGAGCAAACCCAAUAAAAAUCUUAACCUAACCUUAUCCAUCCAUCUUCUUCUUCUUCUUCUUCUUCUUUCGGUUGAGAUUUAAUUCAAUUCCUUUCUCCUCUACUUCUUCGAAAUCCUUUAAAACCAGAAACAUCUCUGCUUUCCAAAUCUGUCGGCUCCUUCUUCUUCCCUCUCCAUGGCUGCAACAGCUACUACUGCUUCUUCCUCACUCUGUAACAAGCUCUGUAAUCUCCCCUUUACUCCCUCCCCAAUUCCACUCCGCAUUCACUUCCAAUCAUCAAAACCCAAAUACCCAAAGCCUCUUAGACUCAAAACCCAAAAUCCCCAUUCAUUUCCCUUCUCUAUCCUUUCUUCUCUCUCCAAUUCCCGAUGCUUCUCGGCCACUUUCGACAGCUUUCAAAUCACCGAAGAUGACUCACAGAAAGAAUCAGAAGCCGAAGAAGAACAAGAAGAAGAAGAAGAAGUAGAAGAAGAAGAAGAAGCAGAGGAGGACGAGGAGGGGGAAAAUGCGAAACGGUCUGGUGAUGAUGUUGGAAGGCUCUAUGUGGGGAAUUUGCCUUAUGCAAUGACUUCUUCUCAGGUGGCUGAGUAUUUUGGGGAGGCAGGCGAUGUGGUUUCUGUGGAGAUUGUGUAUGAUAGAGUUACUGAUAGAAGCAGGGGGUUUGCUUUUGUGACGAUGGGAAGUAAUGAAGAAGCUAAAGAGGCAAUUCGGAUGUUUGAUGGAUCUCAAAUGGGAGGCCGGACUGUGAGGGUGAACUUUCCUGAAGUGCCAAGAGGCGGUGAACGAGAAGUAAUGGGGCCUAAGAUAAGGAGUGGUUACAAAGGAUUUGUUGAUAGCCCUUACAAAAUCUAUGCAGGUAAUCUUGGUUGGGGCCUUACCUCUCAAGGUCUUAGAGAUGCUUUUGCAGAUCAGCCAGGUCUUAUGAGUGCCAAGGUCAUCUAUGACAGAAAUUCAGGCAGGUCUCGAGGUUUUGGGUUUGUGUCAUUUGAAUCAGAGGAGGAUCUUCAGGCUGCUCUAAAUGCUAUGAAUGGAGUGGAGGUAGAAGGCCGGCCACUAAAAUUGAAUGUUGCAGCUGAAAGGGCUCCAUUAACUCCUCCGCCAGCAUCACAGAGAGAUAGAGAAAGCAACAUUGAUAGCAGUGAAUUGCUUAGUGCAAGUAUUUGAAAGAAAUGAAUGGGAAAAAAAUGAUAUUGAGCUGUGAAUCAAGAGAGUAUGCUACAGGGAAAAUGUUGCCUUAGAAAUUCUCAAAUCUGGAUCAUCGGUUACCCUUUUGGUCAUGCUGAACCACCCCCAUUGUCGACACAAUAGUUCCUGCAAAUCAGAAUGCUAACAAAAAAGUGAAAGGACGUGCUCAUGAUUUGCUGCUCCCUGUAUGUAAACAUUUUGUCGUGUAAGAGUUGAAAUAGUAUGGGAAUUUUAUGGCAAAGCUAACAAAUAUCUCA